AUGUUUCCCUAUCCCUCGGGCACCCUCCAUCUCGGCCACCUCCGAGUGUACACCAUCUCCGAUGUCCUGGCGCGGUUCCAUCAGAUGCAAGGUCGCCAUGUUAUCCAUCCCAUCGGAUGGGAUGCUUUCGGCCUUCCCGCAGAGAAUGCAGCGCUGGAGCGUGGAAUCCAUCCCGAGACUUGGACCCGCCAGAACAUUAGCACCAUGAAGAAGCAGAUGGAGGCCAUGGGGGGUCGGUGGGAUUGGGAUAGGGAAAUCGCAACCUGUGACCCGGAAUUCUACAAGCAUACCCAGGUCAUUUUCCUCCGGUUCUUCAAACGUGGGCUCGCCUACCAGGCAGAAUCGCUGGUGAACUACGAUCCCGUCGACCGUACCGUACUUGCAAAUGAGCAGGUCGAUGCGAACGGCUGCUCGUGGAGAUCGGGCGCAAAGGUUGAGAAGAAGAUGCUCAAGCAGUGGUUCCUCAAGAUCAAGGAGUUUCAAGAGCCAUUGCUAAAAGACCUGGAUGCCCUGGCCAAGGACGGAAACUGGCCGGAAAGAGUGGUUGCCAUGCAGAGGAACUGGAUUGGGCGCUCUGAGGGUACGAAGCUUCGCUUUGAUGUCACAUCAAACGAUCAAACGCAAUCCAUUGAGGUCUUUACGACUCGAGCCGAUACACUCUUUGGCGUCCAGUACAUUGCCCUGUCACUCACUCAUCCCAUUGUUCAAGCGGCGGCUAGGCAGGACAGUUCAUUACGUGAGUUCCUCGCUGGCGCCGAACACCUUGCUCCCGACUCGAAAGCUGGCUACCUACUUCGUGGUAUAACAGCACGCAAUCCAUUGGCCAAGGUUGCGCAAGGAUUUGAUGAAGAAAUUCCAAUUUAUGUCGCUCCCUAUGUUCUGGCGGACUACGGAUCUGGUGCAGUCAUGGGAGUACCGGGACACGACAACCGCGACCACGCGUUUUGGAGAGUGAAUGCUCCCGACUCUCCUGUCCGUCAUGUGGUAUUCCCAGAGAAGGGCUCACCGGUAACACUCCCUGCCCCUGGAAGUGUUUCCGACAAGCCAUUGCUGGAGAAGGGCUAUGUCGCAGACGAUAUACCAGGCUUUGGCGGCCUCACGUCCGAAGAAGCCGUCGAAGCCAUUCUAAGCAAGCCUGACAUGGCGGCCGAGAAGAAGGAAAACUGGCGCCUGCGAGACUGGCUAAUCAGUCGGCAACGAUAUUGGGGCACCCCUAUCCCAAUCAUUCAUUGCGGCUCGUGCGGACCUGUCCCAGUUCCCGCACAGGACCUACCGGUGCGUCUCCCAGAGCUGGAUGAUGCCUAUUUCUUAGGAAAGACAGGCAAUCCGCUCGCCGAACAUCCAACCUGGAAGAAGACGACCUGUCCUAGCUGCGGAUCGGCUGCCGAACGAGAAACGGACACGAUGGAUACCUUCAUGGAUUCGUCUUGGUACUUUUUCCGGUUCCUGAGCCCUCGACUUGAAUCCAAACCCGUGGAUCCCAAGCAAGCAGAAAAACACAUGCCGGUCGACGUCUACAUUGGCGGCGUCGAACACGCUAUCCUACACCUUCUCUACGCCCGCUUCAUCUCCAAAUUCCUAGCGACUACUGAGCUGUGGCCUGCAGGCAAGAAGGUCCUGGGAGAACCCUUCAAACGCCUGGUAACCCAGGGAAUGGUCCACGGCAAGACGUACUCGGACCCGGCAACGGGCCGCUUCCUCAAGCCGGACGAAGUCGACCUCAGCAAGCCCGCCAAUCCCAUCAUCCGGGCCACCAGAGAGCCUGCCCGCGUCAGUUUUGAGAAGAUGUCAAAGAGCAAGCACAACGGUGUGGACCCGGGCCAAACCAUUGCAACCUACGGCGCGGACGUCACCCGCGCGCACAUGCUCUUCCAAGCCCCCGUCGGCGAUGUGCUCGAGUGGGACGAGACGAAAAUCACCGGAGUCGAGCGCUGGCUUACGCGCGUGCUCCGGCUAUCCACGGCCUUUUGGAUGCCCGUGACUAUUCUCGAAAGGUUCACCUCCCCCAACGACCUCGAUGCUCCCCUAAACAAAAUCCUCCUCCACCUUCAACAAAGCGACCUUCUCCGCAUCCAACACCGCGACCUUGUCCGCAUUAAGGCGGAUCCGACGCUCCCCGGCGCCGAAUUCAUCCACACCCUUGCCCACACGGAAAGGCUGCUCUGGCACAAAACCCAGGAAACGAUUGCCUCGGUUACCAAGUCCUACGCCGAAACCAUCUCCCUCAAUACCAUUAUCAGCGACCUCAUGACCCUCACCAACACCAUCUGGGACACGCCGCACACGUCUCGCACCGUAUCGUACCUGCAGUGGUACGCCGUGUGCCACUUGCUGCGGAUGUUGGCGCCGAUUGCGCCCGCCACCGCCGAAGAAGCGUGGAAUGUUUUGCAUACCACAACGGGGAAGAAGGUGGCGGGUUCUCCUAGGCAUCCGCUGAGGCACUUCGGCAGCACUGUCCGAUCGAUUUUCGCGUUCGGGUUCCCCAAGGCCGAUCUCGAGGGUGCGAGUCGUCUCAGGUUGAAGGUACAGUGCGUGUUCGCCGUCAAUGGGAAGAAGAAAUUCGUAACUGGGAUUCCGCCCGUGUCGGAUAGGAUGAGGUACUAUAAGAAGGAUGAGAUUACGGACUUUGUGCUGCAGAAAAUUGGGGAGACGGAGGAGGGGAGGGAGUGGUUGGAGGAGGGGAAAGGGAAGCUGUGGAAGUUGGCUGGGGAGACGGAGGGGGUGGUGGUGGGGAGGUCCGGGGUGGUUUUGCCAAAGGGGUGGUCGGUGGUGGUGCCGGAGAAGGGGAGGCUGAUUAAUGUCGUGGGCCCGGAGUGGAAGAGGUCCCGUUGGGGGGAUGAGUUUGCCGAUUGA